CGUGAGAAACAAUUGAUUCGUUAUAGUAUAUAGCUAGGUCGACUAAGAAAAUUACAAUGUUUCAUUUGUUUUCUUAUUUAGAGAAUUUUGGAGAUUCCAGAAUUGACACAAACUAAAACGACACGUGACCAACCAUUCGCCAAACCUUUCACUAAUCCUAACCGUCCAUCUUUAUAUUCUUAGAUCCAACGGUGUAAGGUUAACAUCACAGCGUAAUUAAGCUUUUCACAUAAAGCUCCACCUCCACCUCUAUGAUUCAACAGUCGACAGAUCGAGAGUACUCCAAAUCGGAAAAAAUGGUUUCGUCUAUGAUUUCGAUCAAGGCGGCGCUAAUCACCGCCGGAAUCGUGGCCGUGUCUCUGUUUCUGAAGUCCUCUGUUCCUAUCGCAGUAGACUUCUCUGUAUCACGAUUCCCGAUCUUUUGGAGCUCCUUUCUCUCGUGGCUGAAACCGCCGUAUCUUUUCGUCGCCAUCAACGUCAUAAUCACCAUUAUCAUGGCUUCUUCCAAGUUUUAUCAGAGCGUUGGAGAGCAAGACGGUGAAGACGACGAGAUUUUACUCGGUGGCGAAUAUACGAUUCCGAAUGUCAUCACCCAAGCUCCUCCGCGACGGUUGGUUGAUCUGGACGCAGAUUUUGAUUUUGUGGCGACGGUUCAGUCGCCGAUCCUCGUUGCGGAGGUGGAGAUAUUGGAGGUCGUGUUUGAAGAGAAGGAGAUGGCGAUUUCAGGACAGACCAACGGUGGAGAUGAGUUUGCGGUGAUGAGAUCAGAGUUGAAUCAGCCGAUAAUGGAGGAAUCCGAGAAUCUGCCUCCGGCUGAGAAACCACUGGUUUCGGCUAGAUCCGGCCACCGGAAACCGAUCAAAGCGAGUUCAAAAGGCGUUAAUAGAAAAAAGAAGGCGUUGAAAGUGGUGAAACCGAACCGGCACGAGACACUGGAGAACACGUGGAACAUGAUAACUGAGGAGGGAAAAUCAACGCCGUUGACUUGUCAUUACCGGAAAACCAGUAUGUCUGGACUUAACGCCGGCGGCGAUGUAAAACCUGUCUUGAGGAAAGCGGAGACGUUCAGGGACGUGACUAAUUAUCGACAGUCGUCUCCGACGGUGACGUCACCGGUGAAGAUGAAGAAGGAGAUGUCGCCGAGUAGGGAGGAGCUGAAUCGAAGAGUAGAAGCGUUUAUCAAGAAGUGUAAGGAAGAGAGAUUGGAGUCGCUAAAAUUGGAGAAAUAAGUGGCUUAAUUAAACACGAGAUUAAUUAGCUUUUUGUCUUAAUAAUUAAUUGUUAAUCGUUUUUUACUAUUUAAAUGUCUUUUAUAUUUUGUUUUUUUUUAUAUGGACUACAAGUAAUGAAGCAAAAAGAGAUUUGAACCAUAAUACAUCUAAUCAGUUU